UAAUUCAGGGUAUGAUUAGAACAAAAACCAGGAGGGACAUCGGCCCACUGCUGUAGAGAUUCAAACAGAUUGUUAUCUGUGAGAUGUUUCAUCAACUGACUAACUGGAAAGUUUCUGAGAGAAAAGGAAGAUUGGAGAUGGGUUGGAAAUUAAACAAAUCAGCCGGGUCAGAGAGGGUUUUUUUUUUAGUACUAGCAUAACUCAGGCAAGUUUAAGGGCAGCAGGAACAAGUAUGUUUUUUUGAGAUUGAUAAAAUUUGAAAACAUGAUAUGUUAAAAAUAAUAUAAAUGUUUAUAAGUUUAGUUUAAAAAAGAGCCAUUUAGAUCUUAAAAGCAUUAACUAGGAGCAAUGAAAUAUUGACAGAAGAGGAGAAAUGAAUAUAAUUCAAUAGGGAUUGUAAUCAAGCACGGUUCUUCUAAGACAGUAUAAAGCAAAUACAGUGUUAUUCCUUCAUUAUACUUCGAUUUAAUAAAAACACUUAUUUUUAAACAAUAGUCCUGUAUAGUUAUUCGGGCAGCCUACUAACGAGUUAAUAACUAGACGUUUUGCGAAUUUGGAAAGUUAAUCACAACUAAUUAGCACUUGAAAGACUUGCUAAUUGAAUGCCAUAUAUACAUGGGACGACAGAUAACUUAAUUAUCUGAUUGCAAUGGAGGGGUUUAUGUUUUCACCGUACAAUUUUUAUCCCGGCUAUGGGCCCUAUGGUAACCCGAACCAAAAACCAAAGCAACCGAACUGGAACAAAAAAGGCAUCAACUCUUACGUUGCGCCCGAGGCCGUGGAUUAUUUUGAUCUCUGCAAAAGAGCUCAGCUGAAAGCAAUACUCUCACAAGUAAAUCCAAAUCUCACGCCUCGGCUCAGAAAAGCGAACACUAGGGAAAUCGGGGUCCAGGUCAACCCUAAGGUAGAUGCCGUCGUGCAGUGUUCUCUGGGACCGAGAACCCUAUUUUAUCGCCAGACAAAGGAGCUGACCCUCAGACCCCCUAUGAAGAGCCCUUUCUUGUUUAAAAACAAAUUUAUGCCAAGUACUCCGGUCAACGACACUCGGUUUAAUCGACCCAUUGCAGUCUAUUCCCCGAUGUUUGAUCGUAGGUUUUUUACCCUCACUGUUAAGGAGAAACCCGCUGAAAAAGAGAACAAUUCGGACUCUGAGGACGAAACGCUAAGCGAAAGGAAACAAAAAAACGCUGAGGUUAUUAAAACCAACGCGGAAAUAAAGCGCGAGGGAAAGACAGCCGCCGGGGAACAUGAAAGCGCACAGGAGCAGAAGAAAUUCAGGUUCCAGUUCCUGGAACAGAAGUAUGGCUUUUUCCACUGCAAUGAUUGCAGUAUCCGAUGGGAAAGUGCUUAUGUGUGGUGCAUUUCAGGAACCAAUAAGGUGUACUUCAAGCAACUUUGUCGCAAGUGCCAGCAGGGAUACAACCCCUACAAGGUGGAGUCAAUCCAGUGCCAGACUUGUUCUAAGAGCCGCUGCAAUUGUCCCAUGAAGAAGAGGCACAUUGACAUUAAGAGACCCCACCGUCAAGAGCUGUGUGGGCGCUGCAAGGACAAGACAAUUUCCUGUGAAAGCACCUAUAGCUUCAAAUACAUCGUUUGAGCCCAGCGGGGUGCUGCUGCACUCUGUACAGUUUUUGUAGAAUGGUGUAGGUUUUUUUGACUGACUGGAUGAUGGCUAAGUUUUUUGCACUGUUUGUAUAUUGAAAUAAAGUUUUGUAAAUGUUAAA